AUGCUAGACGAGAACCUUCCAACUUUUUUCAUACAAAGCCCUCGGUCCGAAGAUCCGUACUCAACUACCAUUUUGCUGGGUGAAAAUGGUUCAGAGCCGCAACCCAUAUACACUCUCCGUAAACCCGAUCCCCGUCUCACGGCUGCAAAAGGUUGUUAUGCAGUUGCUCUCCACGACUCCUACAACCCUGAUGUUCUCUAUGCCGAUGUUCAGGCCAAACCAGAAUGGACACAAACUGUGCCGUCCUUGGCAGAACCUCGAACACAGACGGGUGUAAACACUUCAGUGCCCUUUGUUCCCAAUGGUUUUACCAUUCAGCUUUACAAUCCAAACCAGCCCAUGAUAGUAAAGCAUGUAGCUGGUACAUGGAAUACCUCUGCACACUGGGAGUUCGAGAUGCCGCAAAGUACCUUUCGUGUCCCUUCCUCUUCCAUCCUAGACCAAGGCCAUGAUGCGCCAGCCCUUAGCGAUGUCACUCCAAAGAUAAAAUUCAAGUGGAAACGAGAUGGAAAGCUAAGCAGGGACAUCGCCUGCUAUUUGGUAGGCCAGAAGAUUGUUGGCAAAAAGAGUAAAGAGCCAGAUAUAACAAUCGCCUUUUUUAAAGGAGGGAGAGACUUUACGAUCUACCAGCCCAAUAUGCAUCGUGUCGAAAUUGAGGAUACUAAAGGUCUGGAAGUUGCGCUACUUCUAAGUGGGAUAGUUAUCAAGGAUUUAUACUUUAAUGCAAACAAAGAGAUGUUUAAUCUUUACUCCUCCGCAGACACUGCUACUUCCGGAGCCAAUCUUACAAAGAAAUCUUCUCUUACUUCUAAACCUGCAGGAUCGUCAAGCACCAAACCACCACAUAACCUUCUAAUUAAUACACUCGGCUCCUCAAGCACGCCUUCGAUACGGACGGCCUCUGAAAUUGAUGCCGAAACAGAACGUCUCAGGAAAGUAAUUGAAGCCGAAGAAGAGGCACAAAAAAAAGCAGAGGAAAAAGAACAACAAUUCAUCAAGGAUAUGCUCGAUGCUGAAGAGAGAGAAAACCGAGAGCGAGAGCUUUUAGUAGAGAAAGAAACAGAGAGGUUGCGAAAGGAGUAUGGUGUUUCAAUGACGCCGCUUCUGUCUCCCGCCAACCCUAAUACGGGCCCACAUCUCAAUUCCUCAACCUCUAGCCAGACCCAGGCUCCAAGCUCCCCAAAACCUAUGCAUUCCUCUGAGUCAGGACAGUUUAAUAUUCCUCAGGUCUCUGAGUGGCUGGCUCGACAACAGCAGAAGCAGAAAAUUGGUAAUUGGAGCCCUUCCUCAACCAGUACAAGCACGCUAAAUAGCAGUGGGCUCUUAAAUUUGGUUCAGAAGAUACAUCGUAAGAAGAGCUCUCAGUCCUAG